GCAUAAACACAAUUGCGGCGCCAAAUAACCCCAGCUAUGCUUAGACGGCGUACUAUUUAGGAAUGACUUUGUGAUUCGCCAGACGCUUUGUUGACAUCUGAAUUGUUGGAAAUGGAAAAGGCGGCAGCGGAAAAUGAUGAUAGUGGUAGCGUUAGCCUGUUGGUCAUUGUCUUGGACACCAAUCCUUCGCAACGCAUAGUGCGCCAAAAUCCAGACAAUCUGUCACAAUGUUUAGAUGCAACAGUGGCCUUUGGCAAUGCCCAUUUAAUGCAAAAAGCUCAAAAUAAAUUGGCGGUAAUAUCCUGCCAUCAUCAUGCAACAGAUUUCUUGUAUCCCAUGCCGGUGAAACAGUUGGAGGUUCGGCAAGUCGAUGGCCAAUAUGAAGUAUUCAGUUUGGUGGAGAAAACUGUGAAACAACGUCUCAGUCAUAUUAUAACAAAUGCUCCCAAGAUAACACAGCCCAAUGAGAGUCUUUUGGCUGGCAGUAUGUCCAUGGCUUUGUGUUAUGUGGCCAGGAUGCAGCGCAAUGCCCAACCGGGAGUUAAAAUACAUUCCCGCAUCUUGGUGUUGACGGGUAGCAAUGAAUGCGCCUCCCAGUAUAUGACGUAUAUGAAUGUUUUCUUUACCGCCCAAAAGCUGGGAAUAGUCAUCGAUGUAUGUGCCCUGGACAAGUCUUUGAGUUUAUUGCAACAGGGUUGUGACAUUACGGGAGGCCAGUACUUGCGCCUAACCCAACUGGAUGGCUUGCUACAGUAUUUGUUGUGGGUGUUUUUGCCAGAUCCCAAAACAAGACAAAUGCUUGUUUUGCCGCCACCCACAAAGGUCGAUUAUCGGGCGGCAUGUUUUUGCCACAGGGAAAUGAUUGAUAUUGGCUAUGUUUGCUCGGUGUGUCUAUCAAUUUUCUGUAAAUUUAGUCCUAUUUGUACCACAUGCCACACUGUUUUCAAAGUUCCUGGACCCCUACCGCCCAAACCCAAGAAAAAGAAAAAAGUUUAAGUACCUAUCAACUCAUCUUUAUUUAAUUUACAAUUGAAGUUUUAUUCAGUUCUUGUGAUUUUACUAAAAUACAUUGGUCCAAAAUUUGCCGGCAAAUAUGGCAAAACCAUUUGACCAUAUUUCAGACUUUUUGGAUAUUCAAACCGAUAAAUAUCACUAAACAGUUGUGUUAAAUAACUCAAGUCUUUAACAAUGAAUGUGAGACCAUCAUCGUUGAAGGCCUUUUGCAGA